GAAAGAAAAGCAGGACACUGACUAACUUUAAAACAAAUGGUUCCUUUUCAUUUCAUUGCUGAGGCUUUUGGCUUGUGUUUUGGCAAGAUAUUUCAACGCUGACUAGCCUCCAACUUACAUUUCCGCUCAUCUUCUCUCCUCCACAUCUACUGAAUUAUCGAAUCAAAAACAGCAAACGAUUCGGGUAGAGUUCCCGAGGCCCGCUCCGCAGUCCUCCGAGCGAUCAUCAGCCACGAAAAUGCCUUUGCGAGAGAUUCUGCAUAAGAAGGACAGGAUUGGUGAUACCGGUGGACAGUAUUCGACCGGUGUUCCGUCUGCGUCUCUGAGUCCCGUGCCUCAGAUCAAGUUCAUUCGAUCCGAUACCACCACCCAAGAGGUCAUCAACCCACCCAUUUACGACAGCGAUGAAGUCCACCAGCACCAGAAUACGCAUCUCGAAGCGUCACCGCCCAGUUCUUCCUCGCGCCGGCGGUCACUGAAUCCAUUUAGUCGCUCAAGAGCGCCAUCUGAGUCUCUGGGGUCUCCACAGUCACAACCGCGCGAAAGAAGGCUGUCGCAAAUGCUCCAUCUUGAUCGAGGCAGCUCACGGAACUCCAGCGGCACCUCAGUCAAUAUCCCGUCAGAUCUCCCGCAGAUAAACAAUGAUAGAGGUGAUGAGCAGGAUAGAGAAGCCCAGUGGGAGAAAAGGGCGACGGUUUUAGUGCAGCGCAAUCCGAAUCUUGCAUCGCCGCUAUCGCCUACUUCACCAUCGGGGUUUGGAGCUGUUGGUGUACCAUCGAGGUCAAGGAGCUCUAGUCAAAGCGGCUUUAUUGAUGCUGCAGGAGAUGUUAACAUCCAAGAGGCGAUUCGGCUUCAUGAAGUUGGAGAACUGGAGAAGUCCACUGAAAUGUUUCGUAGGUUGGCAGAUCCAAAAGGCGCGAAUAACGCGCUGAGCCAAGUACUUUACGGCCUCGCACUAAGACAUGGUUGGGGCUGUCCCAAGUCGGAAGAACAGGCAGUGACUUACCUCUCAGCCGCGGCAUCAAACUCUGCAUUGAUCGAGUCCCAAGCUCUUCAAGCAGGUAUGAAAAAAGGUGGUGCUGCCAAAGGAGAGCUGGUCCUCGCUAUCUUUGAGUUGGGUAACUGCUUCCGCAACGGCUGGGGGGUCAAGAAAGACCCAGCGGCAGCGCGACAGUACUUCGAAACGGCCGCGAAUCUAGGCGACACCGAUGCCAUGAAUGAGGUCGCGUGGUGUUACCUAGAGGGUUUUGGCGGGAAAAAGGAUAAGUUCAUGGCUGCUAAAUACUACCGAUUGGCCGAACAGAAAGGAAGCAAAUUAGUGGGGAAUUCUUGGAUAUGGAAAGAGAAAUACGAUCCCAAGUGAACGAACCCUCGCGGUAUCUGGCCCUUACAGCCUCGUUCCACCGCUCCCACACCGUCACGUCUAUGUAGGGCCCCGUGUCUUUGUUUCCUCAGAUGACUUUCACUGGAGAUUGAGUUAUCUCCGAGACGAGAGGCAAUCACCUUUCUACGAGAUCGGACCGCUCAUAGAACGAAGAAAAGGGGGUUGCGUGUGUGAUCUUCUCCCUAAUAUUGGGAAUAUUCCCCAGGGAGCACACCACACUCAUACUGGGUACACAAACGAGCAUGUCUCUACCGUUUACCAAGUGACUCUGAACGAUGUUGAUGACCCAACGCCAGCCUCAUUUUAAUGGCAACCCAAUCUAUACCACCAGUACUUUUGCAUAGUGAUUAGUGUUAUUUUCCACCAUUUUCGGCUUCUAUUAUUAUUUGAUUA